AUGGAUAGUAAAGAGAAGGAGGAGGUGAGUGUGGAGACCAUAAGUGACAACAGAAAGGAAGACGCAGCAAUAGAUGCUGGCAAGGGUGAUCUGCAAUCAGAAAUAGUAACCAAGGACAGCUUGAAGAUGGAGGUAAUGAUGGAAGAACCGUUAGCCAAGGACACAACAGCUACAGUUAACUCUGAUCCAGUCACCAUGUUUCAAGAUGAGGACCAGGGCUACAUCAAAGUAACCAGCACCAAGAAGCAGAAAACUGCCAAAUAUGUAGAGAUGGCCAAGAGUACAAGUUCCAGGGUGGCGGGGACUGGAACCCCAAUCCCACUUCGAGCUGAAAGGAGGGCCAACAUGAAGGAUAGUCAAGGUAUGUCUAAUAAUCCUUUCUCUGUUUUACAGAACAUUGAUUCAGAUGUCCUUAGCAAAAUAGCUUUAGACUGUGGGAUUAAUUUGGGUGACACAGUAGAGGAUGUUGAUGCUUCCAUUAAUCUGAUUAAAGCCAAAGAACUAGCUCAAGCCACUUUGGCUCGGGCUGAAAAAUCUAAAGAACAGCCAAAAACUUCAGAGCAAGUGUUAGAGGUGGAUGACUCAGAAGGUGAUUUCAAUGAGGAACACUCCAAGAUGAUACUUGAAUUGGAAGAGGUGACUGAAGUGGUGACGGACUCAGAAUGUUUAGAGGUGUGGAACAUUGAGCAGAGGAGGAAAGGGAACUCAAUGCAAUUGGAGGUGGCAAUGACCAUGGUACAGAAGGAAGAUAAUUUCAGAUGGAGACUAAUCAGUGUAUACGGCCCUGUUAAAGAUAAUCAAAAGCAGGCCUUUCUCAAUGAGUUAGAGGUGCUGAUCAAUGAUGAAGAUAUUCCCACUCUGGUUGGAGGUGAUUUGAACCUAGUAAGGAGAAUUGAAGAGAAAUCUUCUGGCAAUAAUGCUCAUGGUAUUGAUAAAUGGCAAAAGAUCUCAUCUAAACUCAUGAGCAGCCUAAGAGGUUGGAAUGGGAACUGGGGUAGUGAUUUGAAGAAGAGGAAGCAGGAUCUGUUGCUCUGUAUAAUGAAGUUAGACCAAAAAAAUGAAGACAAGGGAUUGGUGGAGUCUGAAUGGGAACAGAGAUACAGAUGGGAGAAUGAACUGAUAGAGAUAUACAGUCAAGAAGAGCUCAUGUGGCAAUCAAGAGGUGGGGAGAGAUGGUUACUGGAGGGUGAUGCUAACACGGCUUAUUUCCAUGGUAUUGCCAAUGGAAGGAAACGUAAGACCUUUAUCAGGUCAUUGGAAGAAGAUGGACUAAUCAUCACUGAAACUAAAGCUCUACAAGAACAUAUUACUAACUUUUACAAAGGUUUGUUUGGAAGUGAACCACGGUCCAGAUUUAGUCUAAAGUAUGAUUUUUGGGGUUUAGAGUCCAAAGUAAGUGAAGAGGAAAAUGAGGAAUUGACCAAGCCUUUUACCAUUGAAGAACUUGAGGUGGUGGUGAAAGGGAUGAGAGAUGGGUCUGCCCCUGGACCAGAUGGAUUUUCGGCUGUCUUUUUCAAAUAUUUCUGGGUUUACAAGAUUGUCACUAAGACUUUGACUCUUAGACUCAAUAAAAUUAUUGACAAACUCAUCAGCCCAAACCAAACAGCUUUCAUCCCAGGGAGAUACAUAUUAGAUGGGGUAGUGGUUAUUCAUGAGGUGAUGCAUGAAAUUGUAAGGCAGAAACAGAGUGGGAUAAUUCUAAAACUAGAUUUUGAGAAAGCCUAUGACAAGGUGAGCUGGCAUUUUCUUCAAGAGGUGAUGCAUAGGAAGGGCUUCUGUGAGAGGUGGACAGAUUGGGUAAUGAGAACAGUGUGUGGAGGCAGAGUUGCAGUUAAUCUCAAUGGUGAAUUGGGUCAGUACUUUAGGAGUUACAAAGGUUUGAGACAAGGGGACCCCCUAUCCCCUCUCCUCUUCAAUUUAGUUGCUGAUGGGUUAUCUACCAUGUUGAAAAAGGCAACUGACAGUGGACUUUUGGUUGGGGUAACUCCACACUUAAUUGAUGGGGGCCUGACACAUUUACAAUAUGCUGAUGACACUGUUCUUCUCAUUGAAAACAGUAAGCAGAAUAUUGCUACUCUUAAAUUUUUGCUAAUCUGUUAUGAGGAGGUGUCAGGCAUGAAAAUAAACUAUAACAAGUCUGAGGUGUUCACUUUGGGCAUUAAUGAGGUGGAAGCAGAGGAGAUAGCCAAUUCUUUCAACUGUAAGCGUGGACACUUUCCUAUGAAAUAUCUGGGUCUCCCAUUAAGCUACAAGAGGUUGUCCAAAGAGGAGCUUAGUGUUUCUGCAAAUAAGGUUGAAAAGAGACUAGAAACUUGGAAAUGUAACCAGUUAUCUCAUGGAGGCAGAUCCAUUCUCAUAAACUCUAGCCUAUCUAGUAUCCCCAUGUAUUCAAUGGGGUUUUAUUGGUUGCAUGAGGGUACCCACAAGAGGUUUGACACUGGUAGAGGCAGAUUCUUCUGGGAAGGAGUUGGCAACAAGAAAAAGUACCAUAUGAUUAAAUGGGAAGCUCUGGCAGUUCCCAAAGAAUUUGGAGGCCUUGGUUUUAUAGAUACAAGAAUCAUGAAUACUGUGCUGUUGGCCAAGUGGAUUUUCAAAUUAGAUAGAGGUGAAAACAGUAUGGCCCUUGAUGUGCUCAGGAAAAAAUACCUAAGAGGUAGAAGCUUCUGCCAAACCAAUCAAAGAGGUGCUUCUCAGUUUUGGCAAGGUUUGGGGAAAGCCAGGGAAUGGUAUGAAAGAGGGACAAGAUGGAAACUAGGCAAUGGAAAGAGAAUCAGGUUUUGGCAUGAUGUGUGGUUAGGGACUUGCCCUCUUAAGUUGAGAUUCCCUAAGCUGUACAGGAUUAGCCGACAGCAGGACUGGUCAGUUAUGGAGUUAAAAGAGGUGGAAUGGAAUUUAGAUCUGAGAAGGAGACUGGUGGAAGAAGAUGUUGAAGCCGGAAGGGGUGUUGAAGAUGGAGGAUACUAUACUGAAGCUACAGGAGGGUCUGAAGGCGUGGUGAAGCUGAUGACCUGA